AUGGAUGCUAAUUGCAUCGCGUCUCUGUCCACCCAUUCACCCGUCCACCCGUCCACUUGCUCUCGUGUGGCAUGCUCGCAGCAAAGGUCCACGUCAGCCGCACCGCCAUCCAAGAAAUCGGGUACGACCGUCUCGUCAUCUCUCCAACCUCCCCUGUCGUCAACACUAUCCCCCGACUCCCCGCCCCCCUCCCCCCUUCGGCGGAAGCUGCUGCUUGCGUCCGCGCUGCUGCCGCUGGCGUCGCUGCAAGGAAGCGGUUGCGCGCAGGCUGGCGCGGGAGGUGGGGUGGGGAAAGGCAUGGCUGCAGCAGCAUCGGCGUCAGCAGUGGCAGCAGCAGCGGAGGGGGCAUCGGUGGACGCGAUUGAGAAGACGCUGCUGAUUGUGGGUGCCGGCACGCUGGGAUCACUGGUGGCGCAGCAAUGGCAGCAGCGCUUCCCAGGAGCCAAGGUGUACGGGCAGACGAGGUCAGACACGCGCCACGAGCAACUCAGGUCAAUGGGGUUCUUUCCCAUCCUGCGUGACGUCAGCGAUGACGCCAUCACGGGCGGCGUGCCGUUUGUCAUCUUCUGCGCGCCACCGGGCGGCAGUCAGGACUACGAGGGUGACGUGAGAAGUCACCUUAUGCCGCCUCUCCUCCAAUACCUUUCCCAUGACAACCCUGCGCUCCCUCCCGCCUCUUGUUGCCGGGCAGCAGCACCCCUGUGGAACGGCACGGGUGCAUUCCUCUGCACGUCCAGCAGUGCUGUCUACGCCGUCUCUGACAACUCCUUCUGCCCCGAGGGCUCACCCACUGGCAGCAGCAGCACUAUCAACGGCACGGGUGCAUUCCUUCUCACCUCCAGCAGCGCCGUCUAUGCCGUCUCUGACAACUCCUUCUGUCCGUCCCCCUCCUACCCCUUCUUACAGGGCAGCAGCAGCCCUAUGGAACGGCACAGGCGCCUUCUUGUUCACGUCCAGCAGCGCCGUCUACGCCGUCUCAGACAACUCCUUCUGCCCCGAGGGGGCGCCUACCGUGCCGCUCGGCGCCAGCCCGCGCGUCGACGUGCUGCUAAAAGCCAAGGCGCCGCCCUGCAGGCGGGCGGCAACGUGGUGCGGCUGGCAGGGCUGUACACUCUGGAGAGGGGCGCACACACGUACUGGCUACGACAGGGGACGGUGGAUCAGCGGCCUGAUCACAUUCUCAAUCUUAUCAGCUAUGAGGACGCGGCAUCCCUGUGUGCAACCAUUCUAGCAGCGCGGCCGCGAGGGCAGAUCUUCAUGGGCUGUGACAACCACCCUCUCUCCAGGCAAGAGCUAAUGGAUCUGACGGUGAGGAGCGGCCGGUUCGAGGGCGAGUUCAAGGGCUUCACGGGCACAGAGGGGCCGCUGGGCAAGCGCAUGUGCAACGAUGCCACGCGGGCUGCCCUGGGGUGGGAGCCCACUCACAAGAGCUUUGCUCACUUCCUUGGCCUCGAGUCGUAG